UUUUUUGAAUGAAAGAAAAAUAAGCAAAUGCAAUUUCUCUCUCCUCAAACUCCAACUCGCUCCCGCUGCUUUGCAUCUCCUCCUUCCUCUUAAAACCCUAACUACUCUCCUCCAAGAAAACCACCAUCUCAAAGCUGUAUCGCCACCUCUAUUCGGCGGCGCCUCUCCAACCACUUCUCCGCUGCUUCUAUUCUCGAUGGCAAUCAACCCAGAAACGCUGCAGUUUCUGUCACAAUGUUUUUUGAACUCUCUCUCCCCUAACCCCGAGCCUCGCCGCCAAGCUGAGGCAAGUAUUGCUGAGGCAGCUGAGCAACCUAAUUACGGGCUGGCUGUUCUUACUCUCAUUCGUAGCCCUGGCGUUGGCCCGGAGAUCCAGCAAGCUGCAGCAGUGAACUUUAAGAACUAUCUGAAAGCUCGAUGGGCUCCAGCAGCAAGGCGCUCUGAACCUAAUGUUGUUUUGCUGAACCCUAUUCCCGAUGAUGAAAAGAAGCUGAUUAAAGAGCAUAUCGUGUCUUUAAUGUUGGAUUCAACACCUCGUAUCCAAGCUCAGCUCAGUGAGGCAUUGGUAGUCAUUGGCAAGUAUGAUUUUCCCAGGCAGUGGACAGAGUUGCUUCCUAUGCUCAAUAAUAGGCUUCAGCAAGCACUCAGUGGUGGUGGUAAUUAUGCUGCUAUAAAUGGUAUUCUUGGGACUGCCAAUUCAUUGUUUAAGAAGUUUCGACAUGGGUACGGGACAACUGAUUUGAGGUUGGAUUUAAGGUAUUGUUUGGAUAAUUUUGCUGUCCCAUUGUUGCAGUUGUUCUCCCAUAUUGCAUCUCUGAUUGACUCUGGUGUCAGUUCUGGUGCUUCUGCGGCAGACUUAAAGUCCCUAUUUGAGUCACAGAGGCUGUGUUGUAGAAUUUUUUAUUCCUUUAACUUUCAAGAGUUGCCUGACCUCUUUGAAGAUAACAUGGAACCAUUUAUAGUUGUAUUUGGAAAAUAUCUAACUACUACAUACCCAUCCCUUGAACAAGGAGGGGAACUGGCUCUUGUUGAUAAUCUUCGUGCAGCUAUUUGUGAACUUCUGACCCUUUAUGUCGAGAGGACAGAGGAGCCUUUUGAAAGAUAUGUGGGUGAAUUUGAGAGAGCAGUGCGGAGCCUCCUUGUUACUGUGUCUGCAUCUUCAGGUCGUGAUCAUCUUGCUAUAACUUCUAUAAAGUUCUUGACAAUGGUCAGCAAAAUGGCACACCACUACAAGCUCUUCGAUGAUGCUUCCUUGGAUCAAAUAUGUAGAAGCAUUGUCAUCCCAAAUGUGAUGCUUAGAGAAGAAGACGAAGAGCUCUUUGAGUUUAAUUAUAUUGAGUUUAUAAGACGGGAUAUGGAAGGGAGUGAUGUUGAUACUAAGAGAAGAGCUGCAUGUGAACUUCUUAAAGGAAUUGCAACUCACUACAGAGAGAAGGUUGCUCCCAUGGUGAAUAGCGUCAUACAGACCAUGUUGGCAACAGCUGGUGAGAACCCAGCUUCGAAUUGGAAAUACAAGGACUCUGCUAUUUAUCUGGUUAUAUCACUAAGCCCUGCAAAAGCUACAGGUCCCAAUGUUUUGACGGGCUGUUUCGAUCUGCAAUCGUUCUUUACUUUGGUUGUUGUUCCAGAGUUGCAGAGUCAAGAUGUUAAUUCAUACCCAUUGCUCAAGGCAGGUGCACUUAAAUUUUUAACAGUAUUCAGAGACCAGCUUCCAAAGACUAGUGUCAUGCCCUUGGUUCCUGAAGUGUUACGAUUUCUUGGUUCUGAGUCAAAUGUGAUCCACUCUUAUGCAGCUAUUUUUAUUGACAAGGUUCUGCUGGUUAAAGAUGAAGGGGGUAGAGCUAGAUAUUUUGCAUCUGAUAUUGCACCUUUUCUCCCUGUGCUGUUAAGUAACCUUUUUAGAGCUCUGAAGUUUCCUGAAUCCGAGGAGAACCAGUAUAUUUUGAAGUGUAUUAUGCGGGUCCUUGGUGUUGCGGAUGUUUCCAAUGAUAUUGCUGCUAGUUGCAUGUCUGGUAUGGCUACUAUUCUGAAUGAAGUGUGCAGGAACCCUAAAAAUCCUAUAUUUAAUCACUAUCUCUUUGAGGCUGUUGCUGUGCUUAUAAGACGGGUGUGUGAUAAGGACCCCUCUGUCAUAGCACUAUUUGAAACUAGCCUUUUUCCAAGCCUUCAGACAAUUCUAACAAACAAUGUCAUUGAGUUCUUCCCAUACGCGUUCCAGCUACUGGCACAGCUUGUUGAAUUGAAUAGACCGCCUUUGCCACCACACUACAUGCAGUUCUUUUACCUUCUUUUGCUUCCUGAUUUGUGGACCAAAUCUGCUGAUGUUCCAGCCCUUGUGCGAUUGCUUCAGGCUUUCCUUCGGAUGGCCCCCAAUGAACUUAAUCAAGGUGGAAAGCUUGAUGAUGUACUCAAUAUAUACAGCAAGCUUCUUCCUUCUCCAAGGACAGAGGAACAAGCUUUUUUUGUGCUCAAUACAGUUGUUGAGAACCUUGCGUACGGAGUUAUUAAGGAAUAUCUUCCGAAAAUUCUGGUUUCUUUGUUGACCCGUCUCCAGAAUAACCCGACCCCAAAGUUUGUAAGGUCCUUUCUCAUAUUUGUGUCUCUCUUUAUGGUCAAGCAUCGUUGGAACAAUCUUGUUGACGCCAUGGACAAGAUUCAGAAUGGUCUGUUUCUUAAUAUCUUGGACAAGAUCUGGAUUCAAAAUCUUAAACAGAUCACUGGUGCCACUGAGACUAAGUUAACUGCAGUGGCUUCUACGAAACUCAUCUGUGAAUGCCCUGCCCUUUUAGAUCCUGCAGCUUCUAAAGUUUGGGGUAAAAUGUUAGAUAGCAUUGUUACUCUUGUUACUAGGCCAGAAGAAGAGAGAGUAGUGGAAGAGCCCGAAGUUCCAGAUUUUGCUGAGACUGGGAACUAUUCUGCUGCAUUUAUUCGGCUUUAUAAUGUUAAUAAAAGAGACGACGAUCCACUUAGGGAAAUUAAUGAUCCAAAGCAAUUUUUGUUAGCUUCCUUGAGGAAUCUUCCGGACUUUGCCACUGGGAAAUAUGGACAAGUUAUCAGUGAGAAUGUUGAUCCUGCCAAUCAAGCUGCAUUGUCUCAGCUUUUCAACACUGCCUAAUAUGAUCAAGAUUUAUGAUCCAUGAAGUAAUUGCUCUCAGAUGAAUGCAUUUUGGGGGUGUCCAUCUUGUGUCUAAUGUGGGUGUUCUUUUCGGGAGUGAUGCGGUGGUCGAGCAUGUCAGAAAAGGGCUGAUGGAAAGCAGCAUAUGCGCACACACAUGUUCUCGGCUAAUGUCUUCUUCUGUCUUUUAAGUGUUCCAUAACUGCAGUUUGAUCAUAUUGAUUUUCUCUGCAAUUGUGCACUUUAGUAUUUCAUAUCGUCGAUAUCGAGUCUUACAAGACAGCAUUUUGGGGGUUUUGGGAAGUGUUCCAUUACUGCAGUUUGAUUGUUGACCUGUUCUGCAAUUAAGCAUCAGUAUUUCAUAUGGAGUGUUACAAAGGGGGGUUUGUCUAAGGGUUGUGAAUAGAUGUAGAGUGUAUCAGUUCGGCUGUUCAUUGAAUUUGGUCUGUUUUUAUGUUGGAAGAGAAAUAUGUUACAGAAAAAACUCAUUUGAGGAA